GACUUUUUCUAAGUGCAGUAGAACAAUGUAUAUUUUUUACGUAUUUCUUAUUUUAUUACCCUUAAUUUCUGCUGAUAUUUCGGAUUAUGACGGCUUUAAAGUCUACGCUGUUGAUAUAUCAUCACGAGAACAAUUACAAAAGUUAGAUAGUUAUAGUGAAGAUGUAGAUUUUUGGACAAUGCCGCGUAGAAACAGUUCUUCUCCCGUAAAAAUGAUGGUAAAUCCUUUUUUGCAACAUCACAUAACUAAAUUAUUCGAAGAAGAAAAUAUCAGUUAUCGUGUAGUGAUUCCGAAUGUUGCUCAAUUUCUACAUGAAGAAGAUUUAGAAAGACAUAAUGAAGAAAUAAGAAUUAAAAGACAAUCAAGGAGUACACACACAAUACGUUUCGACAGAUUUUUGAGACACUCUGAAAUCAAUCAGUACUUACAGAAUCUUGAACAAAAAUAUCCCGAUUUUGUUUCUGUAUCAUUAAUUGGACAUUCGUACGAGGGUCGUGAAAUACUUGCGAUUAAAAUAGGCAAAUACAAUGAAUAUGAUAAACCAAUUAUCUUUAUAGAUGCAGGAAUUCAUGCAAGGGAAUGGAUCUCUUCGGCGACCGCCCUGUAUAUAAUCAAUCAACUCGUCGAAUAUCCUGAAAACAAAUAUCUCUCUGAUAAAAUUAAUUGGUAUAUCCUACCAAAUAUAAACCCAGAUGGAUAUGAAUACUCCCAUACUUCUGAUCGUCUUUGGAGAAAAACACGCAGUAAAACCAGAGAGAUUAAAUGCGCUGGGGUAGAUGGCAAUAGAAAUUUCAGCUUCCUGUGGGGCCUAGUUGGGGCCAGUUCUGAUGAAUGUUCUGAAACUUAUAAAGGACCGUUUCCGUUUUCGGAGGUUGAACUGCAAGCCUUUCGAAACUUUUCUAAACCAUUGUCUCGUAGAAUCAAAUUGUACCUUUCUCUUCAUAGUUACGGGAAUUACAUAAUUUACCCUUUUGGACAUCGCAGUGCAAUUCCAAAAAACGAGAACGAAUUAAAAGCUGUUGGAAGCAUUUUUGCUUCAUCUAUUAGUAAACGUUCGGAGGAAAGAUGGACAGUUGGAGCUACUGCUGACGUUUUGUAUGAAGCAACAGGGGCGUCAGAAGAUUGGAUGAUGGCAGAAAAUGGAGUAAAGUUGGCUUAUACUAUAGAACUACAAGAAUAUAAAGGACGGGGUUUUAAUUUUCCGCAAUCGAAAUUAUUGCCUGCUGUACAAGAUACAUUUGUAGGUAUAAAAGCUCUACAUUCGUAUAUUGAAAAAAAGUACUGCCCAUGAAAAAUAUAUAUUUUAUAGUACU